CUUUAUAAAGCCUAGAUUCUCACCCUGUUCCUCAGAUCGUUCUUGUUUCUCACCCUUGCUGUGAUUCUUCUUGCUAACAAGAACAGAAAAUGCCUGCCAGCCUUUGUGGUACAUGGGAAAUUCUCAACAGCACCAAUUUGGAGGGAUACAUGAUUGCUUUGGGAAUUGGCUCGUCCAUGCGUAAGAUAGCUCUGAAGCUCAAGCAGCAUAAGGUGAUCGAGCAGGUCAACGACAAGUAUGUGAUCAAGACUCUCAGCACCUUCAGGAACUAUGCGUUUUCCUUCAGAGUGGAUGAGGAGUUUGACGAGCAUACUAAGGGACUGGAUAAUAGAAACUGCAAGUCUUUGGUGACAUGGAAGGGAAACAGGAUGGUGUGUAUUCAGAAUGGUGAGAAGAAAAACAGAGGUUGGGCUCACUGGAUUGAGGACGAUAAACUGCACCUGGAGCUCUAUUGUGAGGGCCAAACGUGCAAGCAAGUUUUCAAAAGAGUGGCUUAAAAUGUAACUUUGCAUCUCGAUGAGGAAGAAGUAUAGGAGACACUGGAUAGACCAUGAGAUCGUCCUCUCUGACAUGAUUUAUGUUCAUCAGUAGAGUUGGAACUUGGGGUAUCAGCAUGCUUUGGUGACUAAAGGCAAUGCUGUCAAGGCGAACGCCCAGUCCUGGAGAACCACAGUGCUUAUUGUUCUUUGGUACACCAGAUUUAACUCAUUAGCUAAACCUGUGCUAUUACAGUGAAACAAACAGCAAUUAGUAAUGUGACUGCAGUAAUGACUACAUUAUUUCUGUUCACUAUAUCCACACUAGGGGGCGAUAUAACACUGAAAAGCGAGUUCCUAAUAGUUCUCCUUAUUGGUACUGUAGUUUUGUGCAAUUUAUAGAAAUUCGUCUUUGUCAAUUUGUCGUUGUUCGUCCAUAAAUAUUUAAUUUUAAAAUAUUUUGUGAAUUGCUCAUCUCAGUUGGGGACAUUUUCAGCUUUAUUUAUCUAAAUGUCACAUUCUUUUGUAAUUUUCCAUUUUUAAAAAAAUGUGUGUGUGUAUUAUAACAAAGCCUCACAUUCUGAAAGAAAGGAAAUGGUUGUGAAUGUUACAAAUCUGCCAAUUUUACACUGUUCGGAUGUGAAUUUCAAUGAAUUCAGUGGAACUGACAAACAUUUAUAACAAAACUUGCAACAGGUUCAGAUACCAUUGUGGUUUCCUUGAAACUUUCCUGUGAUACCAGUACUAUCCAACACCAUUACUACUAGUAAUACUAGUUCAAAUACCUCUACAACAACUAUCACUACUACUACUAUUAAUAAUAAUAAUAUUGAUUAUUAUAAGGAAAUCAUUCAUUCAUUAAAGUUUACUUCAUUUAUGUUUACUUUAUUAAUUGCAGUGCAAAGUCCAAUUGUUAUUUUAAUUAAUUACCAUAAAAAACAAACAAACAAACAAACAAACAAAAAAAUGGCGUUUACUCUUCACAAAUCCCUUGACUGUCUAUUAAAAUCAGGGUGGUGGCCUGCUUGGAAAAAAUCAAACAGUAAAAUCUUUUGCUGGUCAAAUCCAAAUCUGAUAUUUUGUUUCGGUUUAUCACACAGGUAAAACAUGACAAUUAUAACACAAUAGCUGAUAUUCGUAUGGUUUGGAAUCCCCUGUGUUGGAAAAUCACCUUCUGGGAUUGCCGCAGGCGUUGUAUUAAACCCACCUUUAUUCCGACAAAUCGCAACUCCUAAUCUCUGAUUGGCUGAUAGUGCGUGAACUGUUA